AUGCAUCAGCAAGCUCGGCCCGCCCCACGGGUCUCUUCCCCCGCUUCUGCGCCCCAGACGAAUCCCACAAGAACGAACAAUCCGAGAGAAGGAAUGCUUGGUACACGCGAAAGAGCUAGCUCGGGAGCGUCUGGUCGCGAUUCUGCCGCAGCGUCACCCACCAUCGAGACGCCUCCAGGUUCCGUUUCGGCAGAUGCCGUCAAGAAGUUGGAUCAGAUAAUUCAGAACUUCCACACCAAAGCUGCAUCACUGGUAUUGCAAUCGCGUUUGAACCUGAAGCCCAUGUAUGCGGCUCGUGGCUCUGGGAACAAAAAGCUGAACAAAUGGUUUCAAAUCGAGACGGAAGAAUUCGACGACUUCAAAGAGGAGCUUCGUAUAUGGCGUAACUGCGGUAGCUUCGAGAACAAGCCUAUGCCCCUCAUCAUCGAAACCUAUCUCGAUACAUCACGUUUAACCCCUAGUCAGAGCCUAGUCAUUGUGGACGAAAAUGGUAAAAGGUGGGACGUGAUGGAAGCUCUCAAUUCAUCCGAUUCCAGCGAUGACGGCCGUUCAUUGCCCACAAAGAGGAAUACGGAGGUGAUACUAGAAAGAUGGCGCAUUGAACUCAAGACAUUUCCCACAUCAGACCCGGACGACUUUGGCCCAAUACUGCCAACCAUUUACAAAAAGAGCAUCGUCUUCUUUCGGUCUCUCUUCGUUGCAACUAGGAUUCUUCCUGCUUGGAAGUUCUCUCAAGCAUCUGCAACAAAAGGCGUCCAUCCUUCAUUGGAACCUCGUUGUCGUGUCCGAACCGGCGAACUAGACACUGGCGGCAUCGACCGGCUUAGGCAUCCGUUGUACGAUGGUCGCCCGGAUGUCGUAACUGACUACGUUUUUGGCGACUUGGAGGUACCGGUUGGUCGCUUCUAUGCAUCAGUCACUUACAGAAACGAGUGUAACUUCAGAGUGGAUGAUUCAGAGGCAUUGCUAAGCUCACGAUUCAUGGGUGUUGAUGAGAACUUCUUUAAGCCGUCACUGCCCCAGCGGACAUCAAGCACCCGACGAAACGACCCCGAGGUGGGCUCUCUUCCGUCUCACAGAAGGAGUAGGACUCUUGCAGAUAUGCACCAGACGUAUGGCAGUCUCUCAACCUUUCACGGGGAGGGAGCCUUGGGCACUAGUCCUAUAUCAGCUCUCAAGGCUGUCAAGCCCCCUGGAUCUGAUACGAGCUCUCCGCCUGGGUCUGCUCUCACAAGCAAUGAGCUGAACCCACCAAAUUCUUUACCCGUCACUGGCCUCGCAACAAGGCCCUCGAUGAAGGGCUUCAGCAGCAGUGGCCGACGUCCGUCCGUCUCAUUCCAGCCAUUCAAAGCUGGGUCACUGUCUGGAUCCCCCGUCCCUCGAACUCUCGAUUCCGAAUCUCCCGCAUCUCCCAUCUCACGCGCGGCGGCCCUCAAUGCACUUACACAACCUCGCAAUCGGACGUCACUGACAGCAGGAAUGCCUGCUACUCUCCGAGGUGGCCCUCCACCGGCCGAAACAGCCGUAGUAGGCUCGCCUCGGCCAUCUUCGACAAGUCGGUACAGCAGCAGUUUUACCCAUCGCAAAGGACGCUUAUCAUUUGGCGGCGCUAGUAAAGCUGGCGAUGAUGAGCAAGGCAGCAGCGGUCGACAAAGUCUAUCCUCAUCAGUGGCUCAGCCAGGAUCAGGUCUCCUAGCAGAAGCGAAUGCAGGCGGCAGCUCCGGAUCGCUUCAAACAGAUGACGAUCAGAUCUCGGAAUUCUUGAAAGCGCUGGAUAGCAAAAAGACUCUCAAGAGCUUCGAGUCAGGCAAGAAGGGCGAGGGCGCGACGAAUCGGACGGUCGCACAGCUUUCCAGGUUCCAUCUCAUGAAGGAGUCGAACCAGGCGCUGACAGACUCGAUGACCUCGUCAAUGCAAAUGCAGCGCUCCUCGAGCUCAUCCAGUCGACAGCUAUCCAAUGUGCCAAGCAUGGCCGCGCCAGCGUCAGUAUCGGUUUCCUCCUCGCCCGGAAAGCCUCUCUCUCCUCACACCCCUCAUACGCCUGCUGUCCCUUCACGGUUGAGCGAGAACUCGAUCAUCAACUACAACACAAGCCAGCCGCGAAGCGACCGCACCAAUCCCAGUGCAGAAAAUACACAGAUGCCUAGAGAGGACACCAUCACCCAGGAUGGGACCACUGCCAUUGACAUACCCAUCUCUCCCAGAAUCGGCACUCAUCCUAGACGAUCUAGCUCGGUGGCACAGCAGAACAGGGCAAUGGCCGACGAUGAAGACGGAGACCUGGCUUUCGCCGCGAAUCGCAGCAUCAGCUUGGGUGCAGAGGAUCGCGAGCCACCCACGCUCAGCAUGCUGUUAGGAAGACAGACGGAAGCUGAGUCUGCGUCUCGCCGAGCAGCGGGCUCGCUGCAGCCGACAACAGACAUGCCAUCCUCAGGUUCGGCAGAGAUGAUGAGGCAGGGUUCGUCAGAAGGAUCCAAACCCCCAGGUGGAUUGAUGGCAGUCGCGCCGUCCAGUUCGCCAUUUGGCAGGCGUCGUUACGCUGGCAUGGCAUCCACGGGAGGACGAGGUCAGACGCCUCCUCAGUCGUCCAGGGGAAGCUUUACGGGGUCCAUUGGACGGUACGGACGCGGCGAGAAUGACUUGAUGGAUGAAGAGCCGCUCCUUUUCGAUAUGUCAGAAAUGGACGCCCAGUCGCGGAGAAGUCUGGAAGAGGGCCGAGGCGGUGGCAACAUUGGUUCUGGAUCUGGCAGCCGAGCCGACUUUGAACCUCGCGGCAUCAGUCGAAGGGGAUGGUGA